CAGCGACCCAAGUCUUCCAGCAAGGUUGGAACGCCACAGGUUGUGGCUGGUGGCCUGGCCAGAGGUUUGUAUCAAGCCUUGAGAACUGUUAAAGUUCAUUCGGGAAUUUUACUGUUUGCCCUGCCGCAAUAUCAUAGCCCAGCUCCCGUGUUACUUUGAUGGGAUGGAUCAGACGUUGUCCUGGGAGGCGCAGUUCUAUCAACGCCCACCAGAUAUUCCAUCAUAUCCUGAAGGCCAUGCACCCCCAUGAUAAUAAAAAUCCUAGUUCUAGGAUAGACAAAAGGUGAAACAUGUAUCCUGUGCCAGAUGUCGUUGCAUUAUUUCAUCCUGUCCAGCAGAGUUAGAUGUCACAGGAUUUUGUCGGGUGAGCCUCAGUAAGAAUAUGAAUAUCCCCUGAACAUGGCGGGGAAAGUCUUCAUUCUUUGGGAAUUUGUGGGGAUUUACCACUGUCUGCCUGGGUAUGAUAUCGAUCGUCGGAAAUCAUCGAUGUCCAGUAUUGUGAUAGCCAUGAGCAGUCUAGAGAUAGGACUCUAGCACUUUGAUUUGACAAAGGCCCAUAGUUAAGUUACCCCAUAACCUGUUAUAUAAGCACCUUGCUUGGAUUUGGGUCAGAUCGGCAGAUCUAACUGAUCUUUCUCUCUUGCUUCUUCUUUUUACUGCUCUGUCUUCUAUGAUAGCGGUCUAUCAUUCAGCGUUGACAAGAUUUCUAUAUAAAUAUACAGCGGAUGUAUAGUAUAUGAAAGGCGCAGCCUGGGGAUAUCAAGAUCAUGUGACAUCUCCCACCGCAAAUAGCCGAGGUUUAGCCGCUGCUCCACGUGCCCUGAGCUGGACGCCGAAUUGUGUCGGGGCCAACCAUCGAAUUAAUAUUCAACGUCAACGUUCAACACUUCUUCUCUUGUAAAUUUCUAUACCGGACUGGAUUUCCUACCACGAGCUGCUUCUCAUUGCCUUUCUCUGCUGUUCACAUUUGCUAAACGAGGGUGCCCUGUCGAUAUUACCGUUACUAUGGCGUCAGUUGCCCGAGCUCUGCGGCCGCUCGCUAAAAGGCCUAUCGCUUCGCUUCUUCCCACAGCGCGAAAGACUGUGCCCUCAAGGACUUUUCAAUGCACCCGCUCGUUCUCUGCAACUCCCCGCCGCCGCGAUGUCGACCUUACUUCUCUCACCCCUACUCCUAUCACUCACUUAUCCGAGACCGAGGCCAUGAUGGCUGAAUCCGUAGCCAAGUUCUCCCAAGAACAGAUUGGACCCAAGGUCCGCGAAAUGGACGAAGCCGAAACCAUGGACCCCGCCAUUGUCGAGCAGCUCUUUGAACAGGGAUUGAUGGGUGUGGAAAUCCCGGAAGAAUAUGGCGGAGCCGGCAUGAACUUCACGGCCGCCAUUGUUGGAAUUGAGGAACUGGCCCGUGUCGACCCCAGUGUCAGUGUUAUGUGUGACGUCCAUAACACACUCGUGAACACCGCCGUUCUCAAAUUUGCCGAUGCAGAGGGGAAGAGAAAGUGGCUACCAAAGCUUGCCACGAAUACCGUUGGAUCAUUUUGCUUGUCCGAGCCCGUCUCUGGAUCCGAUGCUUUCGCCCUGCAAACCAAGGCCGUAAAAACCGAGUCUGGAUAUAAGAUCAAUGGCUCAAAAAUGUGGAUCACCAACUCCAUGGAGGCUGGAUUCUUCAUUGUGUUCGCCAAUAUUGACCUUAGCAAGGGAUACAAAGGAAUCACUGCGUUUAUUGUGGAGAAGGGCACGCCAGGAUUCAGCAUCGCGAAGAAGGAGAAGAAGCUCGGCAUCCGCGCCAGCAGCACCUGUGUCCUCAACUUUGAUGAUGUGGAGAUCCCCAAGGAGAAUCUCCUGGGUGAGGAAGGCCAGGGCUACAAAUAUGCCAUUAACCUUCUGAACGAGGGGCGAAUUGGUAUCGCAGCUCAAAUGACUGGUCUCGCCCUCGGCGCCUGGGAGAACGCUGCCAAGUAUAUCUGGAACGACCGCCGCCAAUUCGGCCAGCUGAUCGGUGAAUUCCAAGGCAUGCAACACCAAGUCGCACAGGCGUAUACUGAGAUUGCCGCUGCCCGUGCUCUCGUCUACAACGCCGCUCGCAAGAAGGAAGCCGGCCAAGACUUCGUGCAAGACGCCGCUAUGGCCAAACUCUACGCGUCGCAGGUUGCUGGGCGCGUCGCGGGCUCCGCGGUCGAGUGGAUGGGCGGCAUGGGCUUUGUCCGUGAAGGCAUUGCUGAGAAGAUGUUCAGAGAUUCCAAGAUUGGAGCUAUCUACGAGGGAACGAGCAAUAUCCAGCUUCAGACAAUUGCGAAGAUGCUGCAGAAGCAGUAUACGCAAUAAAUAAUUAACGCAUGAGAAAAAAAAAAGACAAGAGACAAAGGGAAAACAAAAAUUAAAAAUUAAAAAUUAAAAAAUUGAAGAACGCAAUAGGGCGCCAUUUGGAUGGAGGUUUCAUGUUUGUAAAUAUAUAUACAGAUUAUAUGUGUGUAAAUACGUCUGUGGUAGAAGAGACAAGAAAACAAAACAUUUUAAAUUUUCAUCUCCGGGCCGAUGGGAUCAAAACAAAAA